AUGUCACAGAGUAUGCAUAGUAGAUAUAUGGAGAGAUCAAAUCAAGAAAGAACGAUCGAGUGCGAUACUUAUGGCCUCCGUUUUGAGGAUGGAUAUGUUAUUGGCAACACUGCAGUACAAUACGAAAACGAUAAAUUAGGUGUACGAAACAAACGUUUUAAUCUUACACCUGGAUUACUCCAACUAUUAUUGAAACGAAUUCCCCAAAAUUAUACAGCCAAAGACUUGGGUGUUUACAAAAAUAUUUUGAUACUAACCAAUGCCCACAAACAAAAAUACAAAUCAGAUGGUCCAGUGAACGCCAACAGCUCAUGGAAGUACCGAAAUAUUAUAUCGUUACUGUUUCCACCUAAAAGAAGAAGGAAUAUUCGCCGUUUAGCGCCUCGCCAUACCUAUAUUGAGAAAGACAAUAUUCAUACCCCCACACACGAUAUCGUGAUGAAUAAUAAAAUGAAAAUUCAGCAACAAAUAGAAAAUUUAAUAGCAGGACAAUCAUGUUAG